AUGCUGAAGAUGAGUGACUCAGUUUGUGAUGUGAAUGGCAGCCUUAUUGCUGACAACGUGACCAAGCUCGAACGCUGGUUGUCAUGCGACCCGCCUUCUGAAGCAGAAAUGGCUGAUGCCAUAAAAGGGUUGCGCAACAAUAAGGCACCGGGAGAUGCCGGCAUACGUGCUGGAAUCUACAAGUCUUGUGCCGAAACGCUGGCGCCUUAG